AGCACAAACGCAACAGGCCAGUCUGCGACGCGACGGCGCACGCGCCGCCAUGAUACACGCAACGAAACAAAUCGACAACGAACACAAACAUUAAAACGACUGGCCAAAAACUACGAUUUCACGGCAAAAAAUUAUAACAAGUAAAUUAUAAAUUAAAAACAGUGCGUUCUAAUUUUGUACAUUUUAAAAAAGUGGUUUUUAAAAUUCGAAUUUCAAAAAGCAUUAUGGCUGUACCGUCCAACAGUCCAAGGAUGUGAACUUUUUUAAUUUUGUUGUGCGGCAAAGGAAUGUGGUUUUAAUGUGCCAGCGCAAAAGGACCAGUGUUGUGUAUUUUUUUUAGUUUUUUUUUAAUGUGUGUGGUGUCACCUCGAGUCAGUAGGAUUUUAUAUUAAGGAUUUAUUUAAAAGACUGAACCAUGUGGAGGAUACUAGCUAUGGCGGCGGUGUUGUCCGCUGUUUAUACCAAACAGAUACCUCCUAGCACAGAACUAUCUACAACACUAGCCCAGUCGUCAGUGGAAGCGGACACGACGCCGUGGCCGGGUGCGCUGGCGCCGCUCGACACGCUCACCGUCGCGUGUGAGCGAGACAACAUGCACAUCACCAUCUCUCUCGCAAACCAACAUGAGAAUAGUGUGUACGAGAUGUUCAACGGGAUAGUGUACCCGGCGGGGCUGGGCAGCAACUCCUCGUGCCUCAGAGAGUACGUGUCAGCGCGCGGGGACCUGCAGUACACGUUGCCCCUUAGAGGGUGCAAUACCAUGUCCACUGACAAUGAUGAUGGCACAGUGGAGUUCCACAACAACCUAAUAGUGCAGCCUCACCUCAAGCUGGUGACGGGGCAGGGUCGCGGGUACCAGGUUCGAUGCCGGUACCGCCGCCGCGACCUCAGCAACUACCACGUGUACCCCCGCGCCGACCGCCUCACCGACCCUCGACACGCGCUCAGUGACGAGUAUGACGAGGAGUCAGGGUUGCUGCCAUCUGUCACAAUGAAGAUUUACAAGGGAGACCCCGAAGAUAAUGAGGUGGCAUCAAACGUAAGGAUAGGCGACACCCUGACCCUGGUGGUAUCAUUAGAGAAGCAGCAGCAGUACGGUCUACUGGUGUCCGAGUGCGCUGUUCGCGACGGAUUGGGGUGGGCAGAGCAGAGUCUUAUCGCUGAUGAUGGCUGCCCGUUAGACGGCGAGAUAAUGGGCAUGUUCCACUACACCGGCGACAAGCAGUCGGCCCGGGUUGCGUUCCCGGCGCACAAGUUCCCUUACACCGCCAGUGUGUACUACACCUGCGAGGUCAAGCUGUGUGAUCUGAACCAUCGCACUGAUUGCGAGCCGUGCACCCAUAAGAAGCGCGUGCGCAGACAGUCGGACGAGGGCUCGCCCGCGAAGGUGGAGGUGUUUUCUGGUCUGUACGUGAAUGAGGCAGACUCUCCAGACAACGAUGACGUCAUUACUGAGAAGAAAGAAGACGAAAUCUGCAUCUCGCAACGUAACUUCGCCAUAGGAAUUUGCAUCGCAGGAGUGAUACUAAUGAUCUGUGUCAUUGCCGCCAUUGCUUGCAUCCUAGCGCGCAGGCGCGGGAAGACAUACUCGCGAACUGGCAGUUCUUUAUACAGCGGACCUUACACCAACACCGGGUACUCGCAUACUAGUUAAAUACUAGCCUGUUUUAGCUGCUACUUUAAAACGAAAAAGUAAGAUGUUGCUAGUUGAUGAAAGCUGGUUGUCAAAAUGUUAAAGUCCAUUAUGGCAACACUUAAUUUGAAAAUGGCGGCAAUUAUCCAGGCCAUAAACCUUAUAAAAAAAUGGCGGUAAUUAAUGUACAAUGUACUAUUUGUAUUUUUGGCGCCAUUUUCAAUAAUAUUUUUUAAAAUUAUUGGCAGUAUUGGCAGUUUGGACUAUCAGCUUUUAAUAACCAGUUUUGUUCUGUGAGCUAGCUUUUUAUCAAUUCGGUCAUCCUAAUACUUUUAUCCUUACACUUUUAUCAAAGGUAAAAGUGUAUGGAUAAAAUUAAAUGACAUUGCGGAACAUUAAAACUUAUAAAAAAAAAGAUAAGAGUGCUUUUUUUGAAAGUCAAAGUUUAAGCAAUAAGCAUAUUUCCAAACUUGUUUUUUUUCGAAGUUUCUAUUUUAUUAUUUAUGGCCAAAUUAGGUUACAUUCAUAAGUAUAUUUAAAGCUACGGCCAUAUUCAGAAUUUUUGUACUUAUUUACUAAAAUAAGUCGACAAAAUUAUGUUUUAAGUACAAUAAUAAUUCAAUAAUAAAACUGUAAUAAAUUCACGUUGUGAUUACAACGAUUGAGUCAAUUUAAUAGUGUUUAGUGAUUUACCAAUAUUUUAAUCAUAGACAUAAACCACGUGGAAAACAUUUGAAAAAUGUAAUAGUAUUUAUACAUUUUUUGUUUUGUGAUAAUUCGUAAUUAUAAUUCCGUCCUUUUUGCAAUGUUUUAAUAGAGCAAGCUCUGCACGGGAGCCGCGCCGCGCGCUAUGCGAAUUAUAUCGAAGGUUUUAAUCAAUACACGCGGCGAAUGCUAUCCACGUAGAUAGGUACAGGUACUGAUCAAAGCCCUCGAUAUAAAUCGAACCGCGCGCGGCGUGGUUGCCGUGUCGCGAGAGCUGAUUCACGUUAGCGCAUCACUUUGUUUAUGGACCAUGCUGGUCCACUGCGGGUUGGAAUGGGUUGGACAUGAGUUAAUUUACAAAAGUUCAAUUCUGUAUCCUCUGGACUCUGAGUGGGCAUUGUUUCUAGACAUUGCAUAAUGUCGCCUUAUAGAGCCACGUAAGCGCUUUUUUGAAAAAUCGCAUUUUAAUAAGAUCUUCAUCAACAAAACCUUGUUUUCUAUCAAUUAUUUCCUUUCGGGUGAAAAUUAAGAUCUCAAUUUUUUACCUGGAUUGAAAGUAACUGCUUAUUGCGUAGUUUUUUUUAAAGGCUUAUUUGGUUUUACUUAUGAAUAUUUUAGACUAUACUUAUCUCAAUGAAAAUUAUAAUCAUGAACUUAUUGGAAGGCAUUUUUUUUUUUAAUAUUUGAAUUUAUAUAAAAGUGAUGCGUUAAGAGUGGUUCAAAAUAUACAAUAAUUAGGUAUACUUAGUAAGUAUCUUAUAUAACGAAGGUAGCCUUGCAUUACGUAAUUGUAAAUAAACGACCGACAUAACUAUAUAUUAUAUCUAGUUGGUCUCUCUAUACUAAAAGGGGAAUCUUGUAAAGGCCUUUUGAUCCUGAUAUUCAUCGAUACACUUUUUGAAGCAUCUUAAUGAAAAUAUUGAAAGCAAGACCAAUUUAAUGUUCCUAAUGAAUCAGCAGUGCGAAUUAUUUCGAGUGUUUCGACCAAUAGACACGAACGGUAUCUACGUGGAUAUACGUCGUGAUGCUAUUGGUCAAAGCCCAAAUGUAAUAUAAACUAGGUACUUUUUUGUCCUCAAUAUUAUAUGUGAUUCGUAAAUUCAGUUUUGAAUAGGCCUUUAUGUUUGUAAUAACUUCUAGGUGGCGGGAGCUAUAUACUUCACACGCAAUCUUUUGUCACCACAUUUUAGUUCAGGAUUUUAAUACACAGUUAAGCAACUUUGGGUAUACCUCUGACUACCCCAUUGGGAUAUAGUCGUGAGCUUAUGUUAGUUCGACAAUAGUAGCCAAUCUAGCCUAUAAAAUAGAACACUACCUAAGGCUCUUGCACCGUAAAAAUGGGAGAUACCUAUUUUUUGCGGUCUUGUGCAUAGAUACUCUACACCUUCAAAGUUGUCGCGUCAUUUCUUUCGGUGUCUGCCAAUUCUGCCAUAAAUUCCGAUGAUUUAUACUGCAUUUAUUGAGUGACUUGCCUGCAGUUCCAGUAAAAUGCUGCACGUAUCUCGCGCGAUAAAAUAAAUGAGCCAAUAGAAUUGGAUUGUUUAUCGCAUCGCGCGCGACAUGAUCGUAGCAUGUUGCGGGGGCCGAUUGAUUUUCUUUGGUCUAUCGAAAACUGUGUUUUAAAAUCCGGAACGUCUUUUUUCUUUGUAAUGGAUUUUAAUAUGGAUGCCAUAUUGUUUAAGUUAAUUUUUAAGGUCUUUGCCAGUUAUCCGUCCAACGGUGCUAUUUUAUUUCGCUUAUUUUUAUUAUUUUGCAAUAUUUUCAGCUUUAUUCCUAUGUAACAACGAAUUAUAUCGAUAUGUGUUUCAUAAUUACUCCAUUGUCUAUGGUUUAUUGAAGUAACAUUUUUUUUUUACUAGUUUUUUUAAUACAAUGGGGUUCUGGAACCAUAUCGAGGUAUAAGUGACAGUGUACGAAUUUUUUUAACAAAUAUACUGACAUAAAAAUAA